AUGGUGCAGCGCAUGUGGGCCGACGCGGCCGGGCCCGCGGGCGGCGCCGAGACGCUGUUUCCGGGCUCCCGGCGGAGCCGCAGCGUGUGGGACGCCGUGCGCCUGGAGGUGGGCGUCCCCGACAGCUGCCCGGUGGUGCUGCACAGCUUCACGCAGCUCGACCCGGACCUGCCGCGCCUGGAGAGCUCCACACAGGAGAUCGGCGAGGAGCUGAUCAACGGGGUCAUCUACUCCAUUUCCCUGCGUAAGGUUCAGCUGCACCACGGAGCUACCAAGGGUCAGCGCUGGCUUGGGUGUGAGAACGAGUCAGCCCUGAAUCUCUAUGAGACCUGCAAGGUGCGCACUGUAAAGGCUGGCACUCUGGAGAAGCUGGUGGAGCACCUGGUGCCCGCCUUCCAGGGCAGCGACCUUUCCUACGUCACAGUCUUCCUGUGCACCUACAGAGCCUUCACCACCACCCAGCAGGUGCUGGACCUGCUAUUCAAAAGGUACGGUAGAUGUGACGCCCUCACGGCCUCCUCUAGAUAUGGCUGCAUCCUCCCCUACUCCAGCGAGGAUGGCGGACCACAGGACCAACUCAGAAACGCCAUCUCCUCCAUCCUGGGCACCUGGCUGGACCAGUACUCAGAGGAUUUCUGUCAACCUCCGGACUUUCCCUGCCUCAAGCAGCUGGUGGCUUAUGUGCAGCUCAACAUGCCUGGCUCAGACCUGGAGCGCCGUGCCCACCUUCUCCUGGCCCAGCUGGAGGACCUGGAGCCCAGCGAAGCUGAGUCUGAAGCUCUGUCACCAGCUCCUGUGCUAGCUCUAAAACCAACUCCAGAGCUAGAGCCAGCUCCAGCACUGGCUCUGGCACCCAGCCCUGUGGCAGCACCAGCUUCACGUGCAGAGCUAGAGCCAGCUCCAGCUUCAGAGCCAGAGUCAGAUCUAGCACCUGCUCCGGAGCAAGAACCGGCUCCAGUGCCAGCUUUAGAGCCUGAGCCAUCUCGCACACCUGCUCCAGAGCUGGAGUUGGCUCCCUCACAGACUGUAGAGCCUGAACCAGCUUCGGUGCCAGGUCCAUCAGGAGAGCCUUCCUGGCUUUCACGUGUGGCCACAGAGAACGGGCUGAGUGAGGACAAGCCUCACCUCUUAGCAUUCCCUCCCGACCUGGUGGCAGAGCAGUUCACGCUGAUGGAUGCGGAACUGUUCAAGAAAGUGGUGCCUUACCACUGCCUGGGUUCCAUCUGGUCCCAGCGGGACAAGAAGGGCAAGGAGCACCUGGCACCCACCAUCCGUGCCACCGUCACCCAGUUCAACAGUGUGGCCAACUGCGUCAUCACCACCUGCCUUGGGGACCAGAGCACGAAGGCCCCAGACAGGGCCCGAGUGGUAGAGCACUGGAUCGAGGUGGCUAGGGAGUGCCGCGCCCUGAAGAAUUUCUCCUCCCUCUACGCCAUUCUCUCUGCUCUGCAGAGCAACGCCAUCCACCGCCUGAAGAGGACAUGGGAGGAGGUCUCUAGGGACAGCUUCCGGGUGUUCCAGAAGCUGUCGGAGAUUUUCUCUGACGAGAACAACUACUCCCUCAGCAGAGAGCUGCUCAUCAAGGAGGGGACUUCCAAAUUUGCCACCCUGGAAAUGAAUCCCAAAAGAGCCCAGAGGCGGCCGAAGGAGAUGGGUGUCAUCCAGGGCACUGUCCCCUACCUGGGCACGUUCCUAACUGACCUGGUGAUGCUGGACACUGCUAUGAAGGACUAUCUGUAUGGAAGAUUGAUCAACUUCGAGAAGAGGAGGAAGGAAUUCGAAGUGAUUGCCCAGAUCAAGCUGCUGCAGUCCGCCUGCAACAAUUACAGUAUCACACCUGAGGAGCACUUUGCAGCUUGGUUCCGGACUGUAGAACGACUCAGUGAGGCUGAAAGCUACAACCUGUCAUGUGAGCUGGAGCCCCCAUCUGAGUCGGCCAGCAAUACACUCAAGACCAAGAAGAGCACAGCCAUUGUCAAACGCUGGAGCGACCGCCAGGCCCCCAACACGGAGCUCAGUACCAGCAGCAGCUCCCACUCUAAGUCCUGUGACCAGCUCAGGUGCGGCCCCUACCUCAGCAGCGGGGACAUCGCUGAUGCACUCAGCGUGCACUCAGCUGGUUCCUCCAGCUCCGACGUGGAGGAGAUCAACAUGAGCUUUGUCCCAGAGUCACCUGACGGUCAAGAAAAGAAGUUCUGGGAGUCUGCCUCCCAAUCCUCCCCAGAGACCUCCGGCAUCAGCUCAGCCUCCAGCAGCACCUCCUCAUCUUCAGCCUCCACCACGCCCGUGGCCGCCACACGCACCCACAAGCGCUCUGUCUCAGGGGUCUGCAGCCACAGCUCCUCACUGCCACUGUACAACCAGCAGGUGGGCGACUGCUGCAUCAUCCGUGUCAGCCUGGACGUGGACAACGGCAACAUGUACAAGAGCAUCCUGGUGACCAGCCAAGAUAAAGCCCCAACUGUCAUCCGCAAGGCCAUGGACAAACACAACCUAGACGAGGACGAGCCAGAGGACUAUGAGCUGGUGCAGAUCAUCUCAGAGGAUCGCAGGCUGAAGAUCCCCGAAAAUGCCAACGUGUUCUACGCCAUGAACUCUACCGUCAACUACGACUUCAUCCUGAAGAAGCGAACCUUCACCAAGGGGGCGAAGGCCGAGCAUGGAGCCAGCUCCACCCUCCCGCGCAUGAAGCAGAAGGGACUCAAGAUUGCCAGAGGCAUCUUCUAAGGGCCGGCUGGCCAGGGCUAAGCACUUACAGACUCCAGUGGCCCAGGCCCAAGCAGGUGCCUUCUGCCCACCUGCCAGCCCAGGCCAUCUCCAGACUCCAGUUUCACCCCAAACUUCUCCUGCUGCCGGGAUUGACACCUGCUGUUGGACAGGCUGACCUGGCCUUCCUGGGACCACUCGCUGCCUUAGGUGCCUUGUGCUCUGGAACCAGAGGACUGGGUGACUUUUGCCAAGGAGCAAUGGCAAGGGCACGGUGCCCUGUCUGCCCCGGGGCACUGCCCUCCAUACCUUCCAGGUGCAAGUCACUGCCACCUGUGCUCGCAGGCACCCCAGGGCACCCACUCUCCCAAUGGGGCUGACCACUGCAGUUCUCUCCUCAUGCCCAUGGGCACUGGUCUGUGAUCUUCACAGGAGUCCCUGCCCCUCCUCCUGCCACUCUAGCCUUUUUCAGGCUGCACCAAAGAUGCCAUCUUCAGGGCCAACUGAGAGUGAGGGAGUGCUACCCAACAGAACCCCAGCCCUCCCGGGCAGAGCAAGAAGCCCUCUGAGACCACACUCUUCACCCCGCAGUGCAGACAGUUCCACUGGUGACAAAUCUCAUGCCUCUGAAAGUGCCAUUCACCACUGCAUCCUGGGCUGUAGAA